CAACCUCAUAAUAUAUUUUGACACACAAAUCAAAAUUAGUAAGUAAUCCAGGACCUUGGUGGUGUAAAUUACCAGUGAAAUUUCAAAUCAAUUAAGUUAACAUAUAACAAACAUAUAUUACACGCUUUGUUGCGUCCAACCAAUGUUGCUCGAAGAUAAAGUGAUUUAUUUUGGAAUUUCCAGACCGGAAGUGAGACUUUUACUCAAGCUAGCUUGAACUAAAUCUGAUCAGCGAGCAAACGGCAGCCGAGCUACGAUGCUCUCCGUUAUCACAAACCGGGGAGACAAUAAAAACGGAGGACUAGGCGAGGCUUCGGUUCACCGAGACGGACACCUUCGCAUCGAGUAGAAAAAAAGGGGAAGCUGCGAGAGAGACCUGUGCGAGCGUGUGUUCCUGUGUGCCGGAGGGGGCUGCUGCCGUAGAGCUGUGGGCUCUGACAGGACAGGGCGGGGUGAUGUUUAGGUUCCGGUAUAAAGGCAGCAAGAAAAUGGGAACCAGACGAGAUGUGGAGCCGGCUGCCAACGCUGUUGUUUUGUACCGGAGACUAGAAUGAGAAGUUUACCGUCCUGGUGUAACAGGGCGGCGGUGUAACCGUCUGGGGAGGCCGCUCGCGGGGGAGAAGCGUGUCUCUGUGGCGCCCCUCCGCCCUCUGUCCGUCAAUAAGAUGAGGACGCUAUUUACAUUCUGUUGUCUCUUCCUUAUUAUCCGCGGAGCGGACCGGGCGUGGGCCACCGGAAACCUAACCGUUGACAGCAGCAACGACACUAACCUGACGGCCGACAGCGGCAGCAGAUAUAUUACUAUCGGGGACGGGUCGUCGCAGGAAUUCGAGUUUCCUGAAAACACCAACGGCGUGAUUGUAAUCGCCAGCCAGUACCGGAGCGCCGCGGAGAGCAGGAAGGGCCGCCAGAGCUGGAAGCAGACGGUGACUGUCCGCUCCCUGGACCCGGAGGUCCUCUCCAUACUCAAUGUGACGGACAGCGGCCACGCAGCGACGACCAAGAGCUACGUUAUCAGCAUUCGCUCCGGGUUCCCAGGCCGGGCUCAGCUGCAGAUCCAGCUGCUGGACCAGGACCAGGAUUCGGUGCCGGUUCUGAUCGAAGAGAGGACGGAUUACUCCAUCAGAGUGGCGCCCGGCAACGAUGACCCGGCCACUCGGCUGGUCCAGUCCGGUGGCCUGUCCCAUUUUUCUGAGAACCCUGUGCUGUUUGCCCUGCUGCCCCUCAUCUUCGUCAACAAGUGUGCGUUUGGGUGCAAGGUGGAGGUGGAGGUGCUGCGGGGCCUACUGAAGAGCCCGGUGCCGCUGCUCCUGGGGGUGCUGGGUCAGUUCCUGGUGAUGCCACUGUAUGCCUACUGCGUUUCCCGGCUGGCCUCGCUCCCCAAAGCGCUCUCCCUGGGCCUGGUCAUCACCUGCUCGGCCCCGGGCGGCGGGGGCGGAUACCUGUACAGCCUGCUGCUCGGAGGAGACGUCACCCUGGCCAUCUCCAUGACCCUGGUCUCCACGGUGGUGGCGGCGGCGGCCAUGCCCCUAUCGUCUGCCCUGUACGGCCGGCUCCUGGGCGUGCACGCCGCCCUGCACGUACCGUUCGUGAAGAUCCUCGGCACCCUCCUGUUCAUCGCCAUCCCGAUCUCGCUGGGCAUGCUGGUCAAGCUGCGCCUGCCCGCCCUCACGCGCGUCCUACUGGCGCUCAUACGGCCCUUCAGCUUCGCGCUCAUCGUCGGCGGCAUCUUCAUGGCCUACCAGAUGGGCGCGUCCAUUCUAGCCAACGUCAGGCCCCAAAUCGUGGCGGUCGGGGUCACGGUGCCUUUGCUGGGGCUGGUGGUCGGCGCCGUCCUGGCCAAGCUGGCGGGCCUCGCCCCGUCGCUGAGGAAGACGGUCAGCAUCGAGGUGGGCGUCCAGAACAGCCUGCUGGCACUCGCUGUCAUGCAGCUGUCCUUCCGCCGGGCGGAGGCCGACUUCGCAUCCCAGGCGCCCUUCAUCGUGGCCCUCAGCAGCACCUCGGAGAUGCUGCUCAUAGUCCUGGGCUACUUUGCCAAGCGGAGGUUGUGCGGGUCCGCAGUCCCCAGGAGUGACGCCUGAUUGUAGCCUGAUUUUUUUUUUUAAUUUUUUUUAAUUUAUAUUUGUUUUAUUUUUAUUUUUAUUUAUUUAUUUUUUUGUUCAGAACUUUUUGAAGAAUGAACUCUUUCCAACCUGUGGACAUUUGGUGUCCCCGCAGUCUUGUCUUCGAGACACGCGACAACCACAAGUCCAGUCAUCACCAUUGUGGUGCACCUGACAGCGAAUGGACUUUUUCUGUUUUUUGUCGUAUUUUUCAUGAAAACCAAAGGCCUUUUACCCCUCUUGAGACCCCCCCUUUUGUGUUUAUUUUACAGUAUGUACUUUUUAAAAUCAGAUUAUACUGUGAGGUACUCAGUGUAAAUAUUCCUAAGAAGAGACAUGCCUAUAAAAGAUAUUUUUGUACCAGAUUACUUUUUGCAAUCAAAAAGCAAAGAUCGAUUUGCAUCAUGUUUACAAGAGGUCCAUGUGUCUUAGCCUGGUUGGGGGGGGGGGGGAGAAGUUUUUGGGGUUAAGUGGAAUCAUUUGGGGGUAAUCAAACAGGAACAUGAUGAUGUUAUGAAAGUAUUUGCCACUGAUUGUGUCUCCUGGAUCUGCGAAUCCAUGUACUUGAAUAUUAGCAAGGAGAAGUGAAGAAAAAGUAAAUAAAAACAUUGUUAAAGCAGGCUUCUGUUUGUUAAGAGAGUGUGUGUGCUAAGAAACGCGUCUAACAAGUCAGUGUUAAUAUAGACAGAGCUAACGGGCUGAAUGUUGCACGAAGAGUGAGACCAGAAUACCAUCCUGUGACGGUUUAGUUUCCUUUCAGCGCACAGACGGCUGAACAGUUGUUUUGGCGUUUUGUGUAUUUAAAGAACGGCUUCACGGCAUGUGUUGAAAUUCCAAUUGUUAGAGUUAAAAAAGGAAAAAGACAAAAAAACAGUAGCAACACGCACAGGAGAUACUUAACCUUCCACUGAAACCGGAAUGUGAACACAUUGUUAACAGUUUUUUCCAAGGGACUAUUUGUUUGGUACGAAGUGCUUUCAGUUGUGUGUUAACAGUGUGUUCUGUAGGGUACCAAGAACAUUGUUUCCGGUGAAGACAUAUUGCUGUAGAGGGUUUUUCAAAUUUAGAUUUUACUGCUUCAAGCACCACAAACCACCUUUGUGCGGCCGGUGGCAGAUAUCUGGCAAAUGAAAAACAAGCCAUGCAGAAGGCCUUUGGUUUAGUAACCUAUUGUACCAGAGAACAAGGUCCAGGAUUUAUCUGUCUACUCUUGUUAAAGUAAACUAUCAGUAGGUUCAACUUUCAGAAUAUGUGCUCAUUGUUCAGAAUUCAGCACAACAACCUUGCUAUUUUCUGUCUUAAGAAACGGCUUCAGUGAACGAAGGGGAAGGGUUUUUAAUGUAAAGACUGCACUUCCUGUUUACGCAUCAAGAUCAGCAGACUUUUUUUUCUCUUCUUUUUACAUGAUUUCACUAACUUUCCGAAGGUUUUUUUUGCAGUGGGGGAAAAAAGUGUUCAGACCUGCUGUGUUUGGCCCAGCAGAUCAGACUGAGCUCUCAGGAAUGUAGCACAGCUGUAACGCCUCCAGGCUGGGCUUGAAUGUGGUCAGGCCUGAGAGUCUCAGUCGGUGCUGGCGUGUUUUCAACUCCUGUGGCCGCCUCACUCGCAGAGAGGAGGGGGCCGUCCGGUUCCGUUUGUCCCGAGGGAAGGGUGACUGUAUGAAGAGCAACAUGAUCUCUCUGAGUCACGACCGCUUUGCGCUUCCUCGUAGGUUACAACAUGAACCCUUUUUGUAGCAUUACUAUUGAUUGUUUUGCCACUAGAGGCCCUGACCUACAUGGGUGUAACUGGAACUAAAUACAUUCAUGCAAUAAGUGGGAACUUAAAAGAUUCUACACACAUAACGGGGGCAAAAUCAGCUUUCUUACAAAUA